UCCGGCAAAAAUGAACGAAAAUCCUGUGAAAAUUAAUUCUACAUGGCGAAUUUGUGAAAAAACAUCGUUAGGAACGGAUUUCGAGUCAUUGCUGAACGUGCAAGAGACGAAAAACGCAGAAAAAGAUGACGUCGAUGCAAUUUCCUUCUUAGAUGUCGUUGAUAUGGAGCACUAUCUGUACCUUUUGAGUCCCGAAAAGGAUGAGGAACGAUGUUUGCUGACACUUUCGACCACAAAAGGGACAUUUGAAAGUGUAAAUUUGGUCACAGAUUCGAGGAAUGUUGAGAUUUUCAUCGCAGAUAUGGAUCAAAUAGCUUCUUAUUGGAAAACUUUUAAAGGAAAUGUGAUAGAAGAGCUCUCGGAGUUGGGAAAUGAGACUUUUUUGCAUGAAAUUUGCUUUGAUUGUUCAGUGAGGCAUGUUGAAUUGAAGUUAGGAAAAUCAUCCGACAAAGCCCUCUAUUUAUUCGGAUUAAAAGUCACAAUAAAACCUGGAAGCGAUUCGAGUCACAAAAUGUUACCAUUCGCCCCAAGCAGUAGUAUAGACUUCAAAAAUGUCGAAAGUAUGCUCAGUAAUUCGAAUGUUCCAAUAUCCGCUGGAGCGGAAAAAGCCUUAACAUUCCUCAAACAAAGCGGAAAAUCUUUUGCACCGCCAGCUAUGCCGCCAAAUAUGGAAGUUCUUAUGAAUAUGUUGAACCAAGCUUCGAUCCAAAGCUCACAAAAUCCAAAAGUACCUGAAUUAGAGGCACCUUCAACGUCAAAAACGGAAAAAUCAACGAAAGACAUGCCUCCAUUUGGUUCAAAUCCGUUAGAAAUGGUCAAAUCGUACCUCGAUGUGCGAUUAAAAGAAAUGCAAAAUGAGAUAAUGAAAGAUUUUGAUGCGAAAUUAAAAGGAUUUGAAGAGAGACAGAAUCAAAAAUUUGAUCAAAUAAUUAAAAUGUUGAAGAAGAAAUAAAAUUUUAACAGUAGC